GGCACGUUUCCUUCCCAGCAAGAAUAUCACUUACUGGGCAGCAUUUCUGUGGAUACUACCAGAGAAAAAUGUCCUCCUAGUUGAGCACCCGCCCCAUGGCCAUAAGCAUCCACCGGGCUCGAAGUGCAUGGCCCGCCGCUGACCACUAGGGGGCAGCCCUCCACGCAGAGGCUCGAGCGACGGGGACGACGCAGCGGCCACCGGCUCUGCUGAGCCCACCCCAGAAUCAGAAGGAAGGGAGCCUGAUUCCACGCGGGGCCUCCCCCGUGGCAUACGUUGUUGUUAGGCAACUAUUCGCCCCGAAUAUGGUUUAUUGGAGACUUAGGGUUUGCUUUUCUUAUCAAGUGCGACAGCAACCUGGCUGGGUCCCCUCUCGCAUUCAAGAACCCGCAGAGACUCUCGGGGAGCCAGUUUGAGGCCCCAUGCAGGUCAAAGCAUCCCUCCGAGAAGGCGGGGUCGCUCACCUGGUAGGUGCCCCGAGAGCCCGCAGCACGGCCCGAGGUGGCGUCCACCGAUGGAACGGGAGACUACGGGCGUGGCUCAGGGCGCGGUAACCGCUCUCCAGGCCCGCCUCAGGGACGGCUCCGCCUCACCCCAGCCUGUGCCCCGCCUCCGGGACAGCCCCGUUUCCGAGACUUCCCAACCUCCGAGACGGCUCCGCCCCCAGAACAGCCUCGCCUCCAGGACGGGCCCGCCUACCGUACAACCCGCCUCCGGGACAGCAGGGCUGCACCUUGGAGACAGCUCCGUACCCCGGGACGGCCCCGCCUCCGAGACGGCCCUGCCUCCAGCACUGCCCCCACCUCCGAGACCGCCCCGCCUCCGGGACCGCCCCGCCCCGCCUCCGACACGUCCCCAGCGCACCACUGCAGAGCCAGCCCAUCCGUCCCCAGGGAUCCGCACUGCUCAGGGGUGUGGGGAGGAUGUCAGGCAGGACCAGCAGCAGCUCCUGGAGGGGAUCUCAGAGUUGGACAUCAGGACAGGGGGAGUCCCCUCACAGCUGCUGGUGCAUGGAGCCCUGGCCUUCCCUCUGGGGCUGGAUGCCUCACUCAACUGCUUCCUGGCAGCUGCUCGCUAUGGCCGAGGCCGUGUGGUCCUGGCUGCCCACGAGUGCCUGCUCUGUGCUCCCAAGAUGGGGUCCUUCUUGCUCAAUGCGGUGCGCUGGCUGGCCAGAGGCCAGACAGGCAAAGUUGGGGUGAACACAAAUCUAAAAGAUCUGUGUCCCCUCCUAUCGGAACACGGCCUGCAAUGCAGCCUGGAGCCCCAUCUGAACAGCAACUUGUGUGUCUACUGCUGCAAGGCGUACAGUGACAAGGAGGCUAAGCAGCUGCAGGAGUUUGUGGCUGAGGGUGGGGGGCUGCUGAUUGGGGGCCAGGCCUGGUGGUGGGCCUCCCAGAACCCUGGCCACUGCCCCUUGGCUGGUUUCCCUGGUAACGUCAUCCUCAACUGCUUUGGCCUCAGCAUCCUGCCUCAGACUCUCAAAGCAGGCUGUUUCCCCGUUCCCACCCCUGAGAUGAGAAGCUACCACUUCCGCAAGGCGCUCUCUGAAUUCCAGGCUAUCCUGAACCAUGAGAAUGGGAACUUGGAAAAGAGCUGUCUGGCAAAGUUGAGAGUUGAUGGUGCAGCCUUCCUACAGAUUCCUGCGGAGGGGAUCCCUGCUUACAUAUCCCUGCACAGGCUCCUGAGGAAGAUGCUACGAGGGUCGGGCCUCCCAGCUGUAAGCCGGGAAAAUCCAGUUGCCAGUGACUCCUAUGAGGCUGCCAUGCUCUCCCUGGCCACUGGGCUGGCUCACUCUGGAACUGACUGCUCCCAGCUGGCCCGGGGGCUUGGCACCUGGACCUGCUCCUCUAGUUUGUACCCCUCAAAACACCCCAUCACUGUGGAGAUUGACGGAAUCAACCCAGGCAACAGUGAUUGCUGGGUAAGUACCGGGCUCUACCUCCUGGAAGGACAAAAUGCAGAAGUCUCACUGUCUGAAGUUGCUGCCUCUGCUGGCCUACGGGUACAGAUUGGCUGCCACACCGAUGACCUAACCAAGGCCAGGAAGCUAUCUCGAGCCCCCGUGGUGACUCAUCAAUGCUGUAUGGACAGGACUGAACGGUCAGUCUCCUGCCUCUGGGGCGGCCUCCUCUAUGUCAUCGUGCCCAAGGGCAGCCAACUAGGCCCUGUGUCUGUCACUAUCAGGGGGGCUGUGCCUGCCCCAUACUACAAGCUGGGUAAGACAUCACUAGAAGAGUGGAAGAGGCAGAUGCAGGAGGACCCAGCUCCGUGGGGAGAACUGGCCACGGACAACAUCAUCCUGACAGUGCCAACCACAAACCUCCAGGCCCUGAAGGACCCCGAGCCUGUGCUCCGCCUCUGGGAUGAGAUGAUGGAGGCUGUGGCCAGGCUGGCGGCUGAACCCUUCCCUCUCCGCCGUCCCGAGAGGAUUGUGGCUGAUGUGCAGAUCUCAGCUGGCUGGAUGCAUUCAGGAUACCCCAUCAUGUGCCACCUGGAGUCUGUGAAGGAGAUCAUCAACGAGAUGGACAUGAGGAGCAGGGGUGUGUGGGGCCCCAUCCAUGAGCUGGGCCACAACCAACAGCGGCACGGAUGGGAGUUCCCCCCACACACUACUGAGGCCACCUGCAACCUUUGGUCAGUCUACGUGCAUGAAACAGUCCUAGGGAUCCCCAGGGCUCAGGCCCAUGAGGCUCUGAGCCCUCCAGAGCGAGAGAAGAGAAUCAAGGCCCACCUGGGAAAGGGAGCCCCUCUGUGUGACUGGAAUGUGUGGACAGCCCUGGAAACAUAUCUACAGCUCCAGGAGGCCUUCGGGUGGGAGCCAUUCACCCAGCUCUUUGCUGAGUACCAGACCCUCUCUCAUCUCCCCAAAGACAACACUGGCAGGAUGAACCUAUGGGUAAAGAAGUUCUCUGAAAAAGUGAAGAAGAACCUGGUUCCCUUCUUUGAGGCCUGGGGCUGGCCUGUCCAGAAGGAGGUGGCUGACAGCCUGGCCUCCCUACCAGAGUGGCAGGAAAACCCCAUGCAAGUAUACCUCCGUGCCAAGGAGUGAAGGAUGCCCCGCAAGGCGGGAGAGAAAAAGCAGGGUCACGCUGGCAACUCCACCACGAGGCUUUGGCCAUGUGUGCUCAGUAUCUGAGCCUGGAUCCUGCUUCCAAGCCUGACCACUAGAUGGUGGCCAAGGUCAUAAGAAAAAAUGGAACCCCUUUCUGAAAAAGGUGCUUUGUGCUUCUUUUUAUUGUUUUUCUGCUUACACUAUUGCUUUCCCCAAGAGACUCACCUCACCUCUUAGUCUCCCAGAGAGGAUCUUUCAUCCUGCCAUCCUGAGGCUUCUAUUUUUGACCAGUAGCUCUAAAGACCAUGGGUUCCCAUAAUAACCUGAUAUCUCUUUCUCAUCCCUGCCGUCCCUGAACAAGGCUUCUAAUUUAUUAUGCUUUAAGAAGUUUUCGUAUAGCAAGCGAGACACACUGAAAUAGUGGAGAGAGCCCUAAACCGGCUUUGGUUCUAUGGAAAAUCACUUCACCUCUCUGUGUUUCUGUCUCACAUCCAUGACAUGAGCAUGCAAAUCUUUUCCUCGCACCGCUGUUGUUUGAUAAUGGUGAACGUGUUUGUGCACCACCACAUGCAGAGACAUUACGUGUCUAUAAGGGUAUUCCUGAGAUUUCUCCUGGUCCCAUAGUGGACUGUUAUGGUGUUCAGUCUAGUGUGCACAUCCUGGGCACCGAAUCUCUCUUCGGUGUUGACCCCCUUGGCGUUAGCAUUCAGUCCUUGUAUAUUUAGAGAAUAUCAGUGUUUUCCCAGACAUGGUAAUAAUGGUAGUUGUCAGCAGUAUCCUAGCCCUUUCUCUAUUUAUUCUCCCACUUCUGGAAUGAUUCUCACGUAUAACCUAACCCAAAGAAAAAUGCCAUGUGCUCAAACUGAGGGCUGUGAGGUUGGGUCUUUGGGGUUAGUUCCAUCUUCCAGGGUUUGCCCUUUGCCCUUCAACCAAAGGACAAAGUCAUGUUAACAGCUGCUACUAAGUCUACAUGCCUAUUCGUUCAUACCACAAAACAGGCAUCUGUCACCACGGAAUCAAGGCACUUGAUGGGGGUGGGGGCUCCACAGGCACAGUGGGCUUCACUCUGGAACAGAAUUACUGGGUGCAGCAGACGCAAUCCUCACUUCAUCAACCCACACCCCAGCACCCUGAGCUUUCUCUUAAUCUCAUUCUAGCCCAUCGUGACUCUUCGGUUAGGAAGGGUUCUCUCCGGAGAUUUAUCUCUGGGAUUAAUGGGUGUAUGCCUAGCUACUUUCUCCAGUUUACUUUUAGACCAUAUUAUUGUUUGUUUUGAAUAUCAUUCCUUAGGCUUUGUGGAGAGUAGAGUGACUUCCCACGAGGAGAACUAAUUUAGGGCAUGUCUUUUGCUGAAUCCCGUCAGUAUAUCCUUCCCAAUUUUAGAUAAUUUCUUUUUAUAUCUCUAGUACCCUUUGCCAGGGGCUUUACACAUGAAAGGUGUUCAUGAAACAUUUGCCAAAGGGAAGAACAGUAAUGACACGUAACACGUAAUAAGUGAUUAGUAUGUUCCAGGCAUUAUGUGAGCUAUUUACUGUGAGUGAUUUCAUGUUAUCUUCCCAGCAGACCUCUGAGGUAGGUACUGGUGUCAUCCCCAUUUCAUAGAUGAGGAAACUGACACUAAGGGACAUAAAAUAAGUUUUUUGAAGUCACGAAGUGAAUAAGAGGCAGAGCCAGGGCUUAAUUGAAGUCCAUAGCAAUGAAAACAUUGUGGAACUUAUUCUUCAUGAAUGGUUUA